GCACUCCGGCAGCCGGGUCCCCCUGCACGCCUACGAAGCUGCUUCCCCUGCUAUGAUGCCAGGGCAGAUCCCCGACCCGUCCCUGACGGCUGGCGCACUGCCUGGGCUCGGCCCCUUGACAGGACUGCCUGGCACAGCCCUGACUGCUGAGGAGCUGAAGUGCGCUGAUAUCCGCAAUAUCGGGGCCAUGAUCUCACCGCUCCACUUCCUGGAGGUGAAGCUUGGGAAGAGACCCCAGCCUGUGAAAAGUGAGCUGGAUGAGGAAGAGGAGAGGAGGAAAAGACGCAGGGAGAAAAACAAAGUAGCAGCAGCACGAUGUCGUAACAAGAAGAAGGAGAGGACGGAGUUCCUGCAGCGGGAGUCCGAGCGCCUAGAGCUCAUGAAUGCUGAGCUGAAGGCCCAGAUAGAAGAGCUGAAACAGGAGAGGCAGCAGCUGAUCCUGAUGCUGAACCGGCACCGUCCCACCUGCAUCGUGCGGACAGACAGCAUCAAGACUCCCGAGAGUGAAGCCAACCCACUGCUGGAGCAGCUAGAGAAGAAGUGAAGGUGGCACUGGGCCAGGAGGAGGAGACAGUGGCGCAGGGUGUUCCAGGGUCUCUAAUGUAUGUACUGUAUGAAGAACUGUGCACCCAGACCUGGCGCAGUGAGGACCCAAUGGGCUUCCUUGGGAACUAUGGACCAAAUAUGGGGACAGAGAAGAUCAGGAACCUGCCAACCAUGUACUCUGAGGCUGAACCUGGGAGCAGGGCUAGUGGCACCAGUGAGGGCAACCUCCCUGUGAUACCUCAUCACAACCCUCCAGCCUGCUCGCAGCCCUGGGGACUCACGAUGCCACAGCAUGUCCUGCAAGGACCACACACCCCGUGGGUAGCAGGGGCUGCAGGCAGAGGAGUGGCAGCUGCACGGUGCCCACCAGCACCCUGCCCAGAGGCUGCUGCUGCUCCUGGAGCAUGCUCCAGCAGGAAACCCAAACCCAAGAACCACAAACACUUGAUGCAGCCCCGUCUGGUGGGCAGGCCUGUCGGGGCUUGGUGGCGCAGGCGCCCCCCACAAGCACACUCAGUAUAAUGUUUACAGCCCAGCUGUCCGUGUCGGCCGUGCUUUUGAAUGCACAUUUUUACACUUUUUUAAAGUAUUUUUUACAAAGUUUUUAUACAGCAAUCUCUAUAUGGAUUUAUAUAAUCACUAGAUGUGAUCCUAUAGAAAUGUAUGUUAUGAUGGUCUGUUUGAUACAAACACAUAUGCCACAGUUAUCUCCAUUCUGUCACUUGUCUGGUAGCAUCCAGCUCCUUUCCUGGCAUGCUGGGAAGGGGGUCCAAGCUGCCCUCUGCAGUGGUGUCGCUACCUUCUCCAUCCAUGUAUGUCCUUCAUAAUAUUCAGUUCUGUAUCUCUCAGUAAAUGUUACAUUUGCCUAUGCCCUCCUCCCGUAGCUCUGUUUGCGUCAGGCCACGGUGGGCUCUGGGUGGAGCUCGGCACUGUGGCAGCAUGUGCUGGGGCUGAACAUAGGGGGUGUGUUCCUGGCUGAGUGGUAUGGUGGAGCAGGUCCCAGAGCUGUUUUUUAUGAUUGUCUGAGUUAGUACCUGUGGGCUGGGAAAAUUCAGCCUAGAGGAGCUGGGAGCCUUGGAGGCAGCUCUGACUGUUGUCAAGCAAUAAAUAGCUCAGUAGCUCAGGCAGGCAUGGCUUGCCAGCUGGAAAGGCCAUCUCAUCCUUACUCGGUCCUUCUUGUUUCAGUCCCAAUUACAGCAGUCUGAACUCAUUUCAGGGAUAAGAAAGAGAUGGGGGAGCUAUCAUGAUGUCUUUGUGGUUGCGAUCCCUUUAUGCAUGGAGGUGUAGAAUAGUUCUUUUGGGUCUCUGCCAGGUCCUAGCUUUGCCCCUAACUGACAUGCUGGGAAAGCUCCUAAAAUCUUGCCUUGGGCUUUGGCCAGUGCUGAACACAGGGGUGUGGAGGUUGAGAAGAUAAUCAGCCAGGUGUGCUGCAGGUGCUAGAACUGAAAAAUCAGCAUCCCCAUAUGAGUAACCAAGCCCUUACACUAUGGCUGUGUUCCUGACUCAAUGGUAUGAAGGCAGUGGUCUGGACUGGGGCAGACCCCAACUUCACAUAUGUGCACCACUGAGGGCUCUCAGAGGAGCAGUGGUGCACCCAGUCUUCUCCCAGUGUCCAACCCAUUUCCAUUGUGGAUGAGGCUACUUUGAUGCCAACUGCAAGUGAAAAGAAGCUUUCAGCAUCUAGUACAGAUGCGCACUCCAGCCAGGAGCACUGAAGCUGUUUAAGAAGAUGAGUUUGACCUAAAGAUGACAACAGCAUAUGAGGAGGUCUUCCUUGGGCAUGACUACUUCUCUAGUGUGUGUUUCUCUCUGUAGCCUCCUUUCCUAAUCCUUAACCUCUGGGGAUAUCUGACAUUAGUCCUUUCUCUUCUUCAUACUUUCUUCCUGGAUUUCCCCUCCCAUUCCAUAACUUCUUUCUUUGAGAGCUUGCAAAAUGCUGCCAGCUGCCUUAUUUAGUGUGAAGCAUGUUAGAUCUGUUAGAGACAAGGUUUUUGCCCUGGGAGAACUUGUUGGCUGAGGUUCUCUAGAGGGAUAAGCAAGGGCAGGACCUGAAACAAAGCUGGUGGAGAAAAACAGUGUCUGGCCUCGCUGCCACUGCCUGCUGUGCAGCCCUUGAAGCUGGGCAGCUGUCCAUCUGCUUUUCCUUCUGCCCAGACCCUGGAGUAGGUGGCUCAGAUGUGACCCAUUCCUCAGCUGCUGUCAGGAGCCCAUUGUCAUUCUUUGAAAAAAUGCGAUACUUCUUAUCAAGCUCUGCUGAAAGGACAUAGAGCACUUGCUGGGCCUGCUUAUCUCUUCAGGACUUUAUUUCCCUCUGCAAAGUGUACAUGGUAAUGAAUUUUCAGAUUCCUGCAAGUAUCACUUUCCUCUUUUGUGGUCAGCAGGUACUCCCUGUGGAAUAUCAGAUCCAGCCACAGGCAUCCUGUGUUUUUUGCUCACCUGGAGAGCUUGUCAGCUGUCACACCUUUCAGGAGCAGUGGCAGUGCUGUGGAGGCAGACAAUGGCCUUUCUCUGGCAAAUAGCCACACUGCAGUAAAAAUGUCUGCUAUGAAAACAGCUGGCUUAGAUGAGAAACAUAAAGUGCCCUUUGAAACCAAGCAUGCUAGAAGCAGUGGCAAAGGCAGCAGCUGAAGAGGGAUGGAUCUGCAUCGGAUUAAUGCUUAGCUAUUCCAGCCAAGGCUUGGGCAGGAGCUAUCUGAGUCCUGGCAAUGCCCAGGGGUUAGAAUGAGAUGAUCUUUGAGAUCCCUUCUAACCCAAACCACUCCACGAUUCUGUCCUCCAAACAACCUUCUGCUGCCUGCCCUUCUGCUGCAAACCAAGGGAUUUGCCACUCAAAGUUUAGGGCAUUUCUUUUCAGGAGACUUAGUUAGGAUAUAACCCAUUGAAGUUAAAGUUUGAGCCCCUUCCCUUUUAAGCCAAAGCCUGUGAGUAUUGAAGGGAAAAGGCUCCAUCUCUGUGUAGUCCUGGGGGCUGCAAAUCCCUCCUGAUUCCUGUAGGAGACAGGCUACGUGAUGUUCCUGAGUCUGGUAGCAUGUGUCCUCUGGAAACCUAGCAUCCACCUUAGAAGAGUUACAAGUUUUGCUGUGGGAGAGGCUGUCCUGCCGAAUACAUUGCAGGCUGGUGCAUUUAUAGUGGCAUCUCCUGGGCCUCGGGAGGAGCAGCAGGCACAUGCCAGGCACAGCCUAUGUUGCUGUAUGCCAGAACGUGCUUCCAAACCAAAAUAGCAAUGAUUGUACCUGUGGCAGUGUCCUCCCACCUGGAAGGUACUGCGAGGGCUGCUAAUGUGGAUUUGCUUUGAAAAGCCAAUGGGCACUUCUCAAAGGGCCGGAAGGCACCUCCUGGCCAUUCUACACCACCAUAUCCAGUGCUAGGUGUGCUGUGGGCCACUAGUGGGUGGAGCUGAUGGGUUCUCGUAUGCCGACGGUGGUGCUGGAGCCGAUAGCCCGAUAGAUGUGGGGUGCUGCCAGCCCCACGUUCCCGGUCCAGCCUGUCGUAGGGCUGCAUCCCUCAUGCUGAUGGGCGCACACACACACACACACACACACGUAGAUCCCUCUCGUGGGUGGCUGUGGUUGGCUGUAGGCAGAGCCGCAGUUGCUGGCCCUGGGCGCAGGAGGCCGGAGGACGGCAGCCGCUGCUGCCACACGGCUCUUGUCUCGCUCGCUGGCUGCUCCAGCCAGAGGCUCGCUCGUGCUCACGCAAACCUGCACACGAAGUGGCUGGAGACAGGCACGCAGGAGCCUGUCGGCGGGCGGGAUGCUUCAGUGCCUGGGCACCGGGCAGGGACCGCGCG